UAAGCGCUGCACACAACAUGUGGAAAACAAAUGGUCAAAGUCAGUCAUCUUUUUACAUUAAAUAACGCUCAGUUGCAGCAAAACCUGCCUUCAUUGUUAGUGUAUUAGUGAUGUUAAUACUGACCCUCAGCUGCUGGCAGGUCUGACCGCAGGGACCAUGAUCUGUCUCCUCCUGUCCCGGGGGCUUCUUCCUGGGAUACAGCUGUGCUCUGUCACCCGGCAAAGGCUCCAUAAACUGGCUUCACUCCAGAAUGUCAGAAUGCUUCCUCCAAAGACAGUCCAAAGCUUACUUUACCCCUUCAGUCGGAUGGAGCCUUACCUGGACAGGUCGGUGGACCGCUCUCAGUUCCAGCACUUCCAUCCCAGCGUGAAGGACAUGAUCAAAGCAGAAACUCUCUUCCAUUCCUCGCCGUCUCAUAAGAUCGAUUACCGCAUCUCUGCAGAGCGGUUGGACCAUGUUCCUGUCCUGAAGCCACCAGAGGUCAGUGGGCAGCCCCCUCUCACUGUUAUCCCCCCAGCUGUGCAGUGUCUUAUUAAAGGGUACACAAAGAGAGUAGAGUUUGUGUAA